AGGUUUAUUGUAUGGGAAAAAGUGAUAAGAGCCCAGAUGCUGUGCAAUUUGUGUGGACCCCCAAUGACAUCUAAUGUGGAAGAAACUAUAAACCAUAAGGCAGGGGGCCCCUGCAUGGCUUAUGGAAAUCAAAAACAGCCUAUACAACAAUGAGAGCUGACAAAAGAAUAAAGAGCAUGCGGGCCAGUUUUCUUGAGUGCAGAGAUUAACAGGUAUUUUAAAAGAGUAAGGAGAAAAACAACUGAAAGAAAAAAUGGAACCCAGGUGUUCACUGCUCCCCUGCUGGAAUAUGUCAUGGUCUUGUCCACUCUGAGAAAUUGUCCAAGUGUGUGAAAGAGUCACAUAUUGUUGGAAAAAACUUUGGCAAAAGAAGUGAAAGAUACCAUGUGGCCCAUUCUGGUGCUUACAUUUACCCUCACUGUUUAUGCAACAGAAUCUAAGAAUGACACUGCAAUGGUUGAGGAAACGCUUGUUAUAGCCAGAGGUAAACUGCUGGCUCCCAGCGUGGUUGGAUGAGGCAUAAAGAAAAUGCCCGAGCUUCAUCUUUUUCUCAUGGAGCGAUGGGCUCUGUACCACAACUUGGAGUAUGAUUCAUCAGAGGAGAAGAAUCCACGUCUGAUAUUGUACAAUGACAAGGACGAGGUUGUAAAGACUGUUCCAGUGAAGAAAAUGAAGGCAGAUGAGAUCAGCAGCCUGUUAGACUCACUGGGUUUCUACAAGAGGUCCCAGAAAGGGGAAGAGGUGCCUGAGGAGUUCCAACAUUUCCCCCUGCCAGCCCCACGGGAUGAGCUGUGAUGACAUCUUGUGGCCAAACUCUGCAGCUGCACCUGGUCUCAUUAAUGACGUGUGGGACCCCAAGGUUUAAAAAAAACCAGGCUCCAUUCUGAAGACUUGCUGGCUAGGUGCUUUGUGUAGGGUCUAACAACCUGUGUCGUUCUCCUCUGGAAAUAAUUUGAAUACUAACAACUAAGAAUAAAAACAGCUGUAAAGCACCUCAACAAUUA